UUGGAACUUUGUUGUGUUUGAAUAAUAAUUCAUGGUUCUCAACUUCUUCGUCGAUAAGGGUUUUCCCCCUUUCCACCCCUUUUAAAUUGGACCAUUUGUUCAUUUGCUAAUGAAGUUGGCCUUUUUUUUCUUUUUUUGUUAUGAAUUUAUACUGUUUCUAAUUGGGAAAAGAUUGGUUAACUCAUAGUUUUAGGUGUUAAGUGCUGAUUGGAUGUUUGGAUCUUUGUACUCUUUUGAUGUGUUGUGUUCUAUUUGUUUAUUUACUUCAUUUCUUUGUGAUGGACUUUUCAUCUGUUUUAAAUUGUUUGAAAUAUUUUAGGGUCGUCUAUUUUUUUUACACGUCUAUUUGUAAAAAAAUGACGGUUGAAUUCUUAGCAUAAUUUUUUAAAAAAUUAUUUUUUGAAACUACUUUUUUAUGUUUUUAAACACAUCGGCUUGGUUUUUCAAAGGGUAAAAUGUAGGUAGCAAAGGAAGAAAGUUGGAGAUGAAGCUUAUAGGCUUAACUUUUAAUAACAAAAACAAAAACAAAAAAUUUAUCAAAUAGAUAGUUGGAAAUUUGGAUUUUGACAGAGAUCUCUUGAUAAUCGAUUAGGAUUAGUAUUAUAAAAAAAAUAACUUCAAAUCACAUAUUGUAAACUAUUGUUACUACCAUAUUUUAAAUAUUAUUGAAGAUCUAAGUGCAAGAUUCAGAGUAUUUUGUUGAAUCGUUUUGAAAAGUUUGAGUAAUAUUACAACUUUGAAGAAAGAUAUAAAUAUUUGUCAAAAUAGGGAAUUUUUUAUACUUAUAGGGAGAGUUAAUUCCGCAGUUGGGAAAUAGUUCUAAAUCUUAUGUCUUUAUCAGGUGACUCAUAUGCCCAUACUCAAGAAUAGCUUGAGCUGACACUGCGAUGUUUGUUUAAUUAAUUUCUACUAAUUAAACUUUGGAAUAGCUCAACAUUUAUUUAUGUUGGAUCUGGAUAUGAUGGGUAGUUUUGAUCAUAAAACCUUUCUAGAAGGUCAACUUGCAAAUAACAUUUAAAUAUCUGAUUGGCCCUUUUGGCUUAACCAGUCUGUAGGUAGAAGCAUUAACCAUGGGUUUGUCUUUAUAAUAUUCUAAAAGCCAUAUAACUCUUGCUCUUAUCUCUUUGUUCUCAUCAUUCCUUGUAAUUCAAGGCAUUGAUUUUUCUAGAAAAGGGGGAACCAAAACACAAGUUCAUCUUCUUCAUUUCAGGUAUCUCACAAGGGUUGUGUUACAACAAAGAAUAUGGAAAUGGAACAGUACUUUGAGGAGGCCAGCAUCCAGAUUAAUUCAUUUGGAGAGAAUAAAUCUUCUCUUGAAAAUUGGAAAUCUGUUUUGGAUGCCAUGGCUGAAACUCAUUGUGAUGCCUCUGGGCUAUUUGAUUGUAAUAUAUGCUUAGAGACAGUGAAAGAUCCUGUUGUUACACUUUGUGGCCAUCUCUUUUGUUGGCCUUGCAUUUAUAAAUGGAUUCAUUAUCAGGACAGCUCUUUAGAGAAAAAAGCUCGACGACUCCCGCAAUGUCCUGUUUGUAAGGCAGAAGUUUCUGAUGCUACUCUAGUCCCACUUUAUGGCAAAGGUGAAACUCAAGAUCCAUUCGAAAGCAAGAAUCCACAGCUUGGAAUCGUGGUCCCUCGUAGGCCUCAGGGUCCUGCUUGCUUCGAGUCACCAAGGCCAACUUCUCACCCAACCUCUCACACAGUUGGUCCUCAAUUCAGGGAAGGAAAUUCAGAUUCUGCUGAUCAAUCAAAUGUUUACUAUGCUGAAAUGACAGGAGUGUUUGGAGAAGUGGUUUAUGCGAGAAUGUCGGGUGCGAUAACGAAUCUAUAUGCGUAUCCGAAUUCGUAUCCUCUUGUGUGGAGCAGUAGCCCAAGGAUUAGAAGGCAUAUUUUGCAGACAGAUGAAUCACUCAACAGAAUAUGCAUUUUUCUUUUCUGUUGUUUAAUUAUAUGUCUUAUUUUGUUCUGAGCCAUAGAUUUUCACUUUACUUUCCGACCCAUUGUAUAAAUUUUAGUGUUGGUGGCGAUUGGUCGCCCCUUGCUGGCCCUUGUUUCUGUAGUUGGUGUAAAUAAGAAUUUUGUUAUAACCUCCUUAUGUGGCCUUCUAUUACAUUCUUGACUCUUUAUUUGGUU